UUGCUAAGUAAGUUAACAAUUUAAUGCUAGAGUCUGGAAGAGAGCUACUGCUUAAAUCUUCCCAAAUCCAGUGCCUGUACCUUAUAUGGCAAAGGCUUUCCAUACCAUUCUUUGCCAUUAGGCACAUAAUCACUACCUAAUCAUGGCAAAUCAUUUCAUUCUUAUCAGCUUCUAAUGUUCUAAAACCUGGAAUCGCUUCCAGCUUUCUUAAACUUCUGGCUUUUCUUACAACUUUUUUUUUUUUUGGUAGCAUAAGAGUAUUUUAACUGCACAUAGUAAAAGACAUCUAAAAUUCAAUUAUGAUCAGAAAUCCGAAUUACACAAGCUUUGUUUGCUGUGCUGUCUGUAAUAAAAUAAUUCCACCUGCCCCUUUUGGGGAAACCUUCAAACGGAUCCAUGAAUACAAGCCAUUUAAGACACGCUUUUACACUCACAAAGAUAUACUGGAUAUCGGGGCAGAUAUUCUGGAUAAAGAAGAGCAAUUUCAAGAGGCAGUACUCAAAGAACGUAUUGCAAAAGCAGAAGCUGAUGUGUGGGUUCAGGCUGAUGAACGUCAAAAACAAGCAAUUGAGAAAGCACUUGAGGAAGCAAAUGACAAACACAAAAUUAAUAUUCAGAUCCUGGAAGAGGAACAUCAAAAAGACUUACAGGAAUUGGCAGCCAAAACCAAGAUAGAGGUGCACCAAAACAUGGAAGAUGAACUGCAGAGAGAACACUUGGCUGCAGAACAACGCAUGAUGCAUAGAAUCCAGAGGAUUAUGAUGGAGUGCCACAGGGAAAAGGUCCAGGCUGUGGAGAAGGCCAGGGCUGAAGAAAGACAGAUGGCCCAAGAAGCAAUCCAGGCCCAGAAAAGACUAGCCACGGAGGAAAUUUUGAAUACUGGUAUAACAGCUAUGAAGGAUCAGAAGAAGAGUAUGACCCAGAUAAUAAAAGAAAAAGAACAUGAAAUGAACAUUUACUAUUGCAUGACUCAGAGACAGAAGCAAGAAGAAGUUCAGGAAGUACUUCAAGAAGCAGAGAAGACACAUCAGGCCACGCUUGGAAAUGUGAUGGAUAAACUGGUUAACACUCAGGGGGAGCUGCUGUCCAUAGCAAAACAACUAGGCAUUAUGACAAACUGGAAAGAUUUCCUGGAGGAGGAAUUACAGGAAACAAGGGCAGCAUUUCAAAAAUACAUCAAUUAUACGUUUCCUAAGCUUUCGCCAGGACACGCAGAUUUUAUACUGCCAGAAAGAAAGAAAACACCUUCCAGUCUUAUUAUUCAGGAGAAUGAAACAACUCCUGAUUAAAAGUCUACAACUGAAAUUUCACUACAAAAGUCAUUGUUCCAAAGACUAAAUAAAUUAACUCAAAAACUA